CACAACAACAACAACAACAACAAGAAAAUCAUCAUCACCAACAUCGAUAUUGGUCAUCAUCAACACAACCGAUUGUUGAUCAUCAUAAUAUAAAUGAUCGUAUGGAUUAUGGUAAUGAUGGUUAUGGUCGAGGCGGUGAAUAUGGUUCGGCAGUCAAAUCAAUUCACAUACAUUCAGCACAACCACAACCAUAUUAUAAUCAAUAUGUUGAUAAGAAAAAAGAUGAUUAUCUUCCAUUAUUAUUAUUAUCAUUAUUGCCAUUAUUAUUAUUACCAUUAUUAUUUUCAUUUUUCACACAAGUAUUGGCAUUAUUGGCAAUGAUGCAAAAUACAAUGAACAAUAUGAACAAUAAUAAUGAUUCGACAAGAUUUACGGCAAGUGCAUUUGGUCCAGUUGGACGUCGUCGUCGACGACGACGACGAAGAAGACGUCGACGUUCAAUUAUAAUGAUAAAUUCAAAUAUUGAUAUGGACGAUGAUUAUAUUGAUGAUAAUAUUCUAUGGAAUGAAGAAACAAUUGAAUUAUUAUCCGAACGUAUAACAAAUAUGAUUGAUAAAUUUAUAAUGGUUUAUGGUUAUUGA